AUGUUUGUUUUGUUUCUGCUGGGUGUAGUCUCUUUGUUCUGUACAUAUUAUGAGAUGGAAAUAAUGUGCUUUAAAUGUAAAAGAUACCACUCUGGGGCAUGCUAUGAAGAUAUGGAGCUCUGCAGCUUGAAGCAUCGGCAGUCUUGUGCUAUUGAGAACAUUUACUUACUUAACCCCAAAGGACAAAGUUUGUAUCAGUAUUCAAAGCUAUCAUGCAUGACUAACUGUGAGGACAUCAACUUCCUGGGUUUUGAAAAGAGGACGGAACUGAUUUGUUGCAAACGUAACUCUUGCAACCUACCUGUCAGAGUCUAG